AUGGAUUACCCCGAGCCCGGCUCGCCGCAGGGCGCCUGGGACCUGCCCGGCGAAGCCAGCGGCUACGGCGGCGGCUGCUACGAGCGGCCGGCCCGCGGCGAGGAGGAAGCGGCGGAGGAGGCGGCGGCGGCGGCGGCGAGCCGCGGCGUGCAGCAUCCCCUGGCCCGCCCGCCCCGCCGCCCCCAGCAGCGCUCCGCGCCGCUGCUCCGCGCCGCGCUCUCCACCUCCUCCUCCGAGGGGGAGCCGGAGGCGGCGGCCGCCCUGCCGCGGGAGCCCAGCCUGAGCGACGAGGCCGGCGGCGGCGACUUCGACUCGGCCGAGUCCGGCGCCUCGCUGCGCUACUCCACGGGCACGGGCGGCGAGGGCAGCGAGGGCGCGGGGCUGGCGAGCAGCGAGAGCGGCGGCAGCGGCUUCUCCCUGGCGGCGGCCGCGCUGCCCGAGAGGAGGCGGCCGGGCGGCGGCCGGCCCCGCUAUGAGGUGGUGCGGGAGCUGGGCGCCGAGGAGGUGCGCUGGUUCUACCGGGAGGACCGGAAAACCUGGAAGCCCUUCAUCGGCUACGACUCGCUGCGGAUCGAGCUGGCCUACCGCGCCCUCGGAGCCGGCGGCCCGGCCGAGCCGCGGGAGGGCGAGGCGGCGGCGGUGGAGCCGGUGUGCGUGCGGAGCGGGCUCUACGAGGUGGACGUGGCCAGCGCGGAGAGCUACCCCGUCUACUGGAACCAAACGGAAAAGAUCCCUGUAAUGCGUGGACAGUGGUUUAUUGAUGGUACAUGGCAACCUCUGGAAGAGGAGGAAAGUAACCUAAUAGAACAGGAGCACCUCAACCGCUUCAAAGGCCAGCAGCUGCAAGAGAGCUUUGAUAUGGAAGUAUCAAAACCUGUUGACGGGAAGGAGGUUCUCUACUACCUCCCUCCCUUCUCCCUCCCUUCUUUGUUCAAAUGGAGAGGAUAUAAGGAGAAUUCAGAUGCUGCAUGUCUUAAGCGAAAGCGUUCCCAAGCUAUUCAUAGUCUAAAGUUGAGUCGCAACCAUGUGGACUGGCACAGUGUGGAUGAAGUGUAUCUUUACAGUGAUGCAACAACAUCUAAAAUUGCAAGAACUGUUACACAAAAGUUGGGGUUUUCCAAAGCUUCAAGUAGUGGGACAAGGCUACAUAGAGGCUAUGUAGAAGAAGCUACGUUAGAAGACAAGCCACCACAAACUAGUCACAUUGUGUUUGUUGUGCAUGGUAUUGGGCAGAAAAUGGACCAAGGAAGGAUCAUCAAAAAUACAGCUAUGAUGCGAGAUACUGCAAGAAAAAUAGAAGAAAAGUAUUUUUCCAAUCUUGCCACGCAUGUUGAAUUUCUUCCGGUGGAAUGGAGAUCAAAACUUACCCUCGAUGGAGACACUGUGGACUCCAUUACUCCAGAUAAAGUACGAGGUUUACGGGAUAUGCUGAACAGCAGCGCGAUGGAUAUCAUGUAUUAUACAAGUCCUCUUUACAGAGAUGAACUGGUGAAAGGGCUGCAGCAGGAGCUGAACCGCCUAUACUCACUCUUCUGCUCCCGGAAUCCAGAGUUUGAGGAGAAAGGAGGGAAAGUCUCGAUUGUGUCCCACUCGCUGGGCUGCGUCAUCACCUACGACAUCAUGACUGGCUGGAACCCAGUCAGGCUUUAUGAACAGUUGCUGCAGAAGGAGGAGGAGGAGCUUGAAGACCGUUGGAUGAGCUAUGAGGAGCAACGUUUACUUGAAGAACUUUACAUAACUAAGCAACGGUUGAGAGAGAUAGAAGAGAGGUUACAUGGGUUAAAGGCAUCCACCAUAUCAAAACCACCUGUCUUAAAAUUUAAGGUUGAGAAUUUCUUCUGUAUGGGAUCUCCUUUAGCAGUGUUUUUGGCAUUGCGUGGCAUCCGUCCAGGAAAUAGCGGAAGUCAAGAUCAUAUUCUGCCCAGAACAAUUUGUAACCGCUUACUAAAUAUUUUUCAUCCAACAGAUCCAGUGGCCUAUAGAUUAGAACCUUUAAUUCUGAAACACUACAGCAACAUUUCACCUGUCCAGAUCCACUGGUACAACACUGCAAACCCUCUACCUUACGAGCAUAUGAAGCCAAGUUUUCUCAACCCAACAAAAGAACCUACCUCAGUUACUGAUGGUGAAAGUGUUUCAACUGCACCAAGCCCGACUACUUCACCAGUCAUGGUUCGACGCCACUACGGGGAGUCUAUAACAAACAUAGGCAAAGCGAGUAUAUUAGGAGCUGCGAGUAUUGGUAAGGGCCUCGGCGGGAUACUUUUUUCGAGAUUUGGUCGAUCUAGUACAACCACCCCACAAACGCUUGAGACGGGAAAAGACGGAGCCGAGGGGGACGACAAGAAGGCCACAACCGUUGGGACGCCGCCUUUCCUGCACAGCAGCUCGGGCUUUCUCGAACCCACAGUGGAACUGGAGCACAGGAUUGAUUUCGAGCUCAGGGAAGGUCUUGUGGAGAGCAGAUACUGGUCCGCAGUCACAUCCCACACUGCCUAUUGGUCAUCUCUGGAUAUUGCUCUUUUCCUUCUAACCUUCAUGUACAAACACGACCAAGAAGAUACUGACAAAUCCAAUUUAGACACUAUUUGAAUUUUUGACUGGGGAUGGGAAAGGAAAUUUUAAAACAAAUGGCACAAAACUGAUGUUUUACUGUUGAGCUGCAGUAUGUAUGGCAUGGAGGUUUCAGGUUUAAGUGCACGUUUGGGUUUUUUCCUAUUUCUAAAGAGCAAAAAUGAUUUGUAU